AUUGACUGAUUGGAUUGAAAUCCUUACCAAAUUUGUACCAAAUAACUAUCAAGCCAUUAUGGAGAUUUCAAGACAGAUAAGGAUUGUAUUCUCAGACUUGGACGGUACUUUGGUUCAUUAUCCACAAGAGUUGAAAAGAUAUUCACAGAUUGAACAACUUAACGAUGGAAAGUUCGUGGUCAGAUACAAAGAUUCGGGAGAAGAGAGGAUAUGCUUGGCCUUGCCGUCGACUACUCGUGGGUAUUCACUGAUAUCUCUUGAGACUUGUCAACGCAUAGAAGAGAUACGUGAGAAAGGAGUUUAUUUUGUGUAUAUCAGUGGAGCUAGAACAGUUACUUUUGAAAACAGGCGUUCCCUUUUGCCGAUAGUUGAUUUUGAGGUUUUUGAAAACGGAGGAGUCAUAACGCAACAAGGAAAAGUAGACCAAGAAUGGCAACAAACCAUUUCGAGUUUUAUAGGCUCAAAUUACAGUUUACGAACACCAGUAGAAGAAAGACAAGGUUCUCUAUGGGAUGCUUAUCGACUCUUAUUACAAAAAGGAUUCAAAUUAGAUGCUGAUGGCUAUUUGACACAGUUUCGAGUAAAAAAGCCACAAGGAAAUACAGAACUUGACAAAGAGUGGUCAAUUAUGGAAUCAGAAAUCCAACAAAAGUUGAACGUAAAAGUAGUUUGUAAUUUAAACGAAUUGGACGUUAUUCCUUCUAUUGCCGGCAAAGAGAAUGCUGCGAAACAUAUUCUAAAAAAACUUCAAUUGGACACUUAUCAUACCGCAUUUCUGUAAGGAUUAUCUAGUUAUAUUACGUUGAAGACUUGAUACUAG